UUGUGAAACAGAGGACAAAUUCUGCCUGGACGGUAUAAUUUGUUGCACUCUUAAUUUUGCUACUCAAUUUUCUGUUCACUUUACUAUUUUGGACAUAUAUGACAUGUAAUUUGCUGAUGUUGUUCUUAGAAAAUCCAUGAAGCACAAAGCAACAGGGUUUCUCAAAGAAAGUAUCAUCACCGCUUGUCCAGGAAGGGUUAUAUAGGUUUAAAAGAAGAUGAAAUCAAAAAAAGGCAAGUUGGAGCCAGGUGUCGAACCUGAUAGAGCCAUUUUAUGGAAAAUGGCUCGUAAGCAAAAAAUUGAUGAAGAGGUCGAAGAGGUUAAAGAGGUCAAUGAGGUUGAAGAGGUUAAAGAGGUUGAUGAGGUCGACGAGGUUUCAGAGGUCGAUGAUGAAUUUGCUGUUGUAUGCAAAAAAAUUGAUGAUUUGUUGGAAAAGAAAAAGGCAGGUGAAUUAGAGUUCUAUGGAGCUGAAGAUGUUCUUACCACAGCUUUGGAGAGUCAAGAGCAUUCCGGAAGGGUCCGGGCUGUUGGAGGGUACAUAACCCCAAAACAAUACUUUAAGCUGCCGAGAGAGAAAAAAAUUCGAAUCACAAAGGAAGAGUUGAUGGCCCGUGAUUGGGAAAGGGAUGAAAAGACGGAGAAAAAGAUGCAGGCUCUUGAGGCAGAGAUUGCUCAGUUAAAGGCAAUUUUUGCUUCAAGUGUUGGUCCUCAGUCCCCAAAGCAGCCUGAAAAGGCAAGUUCCCAGCCUGAAAAGGAAAGUCCACAGCUUGAAAAGGCAAAUGUGGAUGAUGAUGAGGAAUGUGUCAUGUAUGAUCAACCACAGCCUACACCUCCUGCAGUUUCGGGGCAAAGAUCUUGUGAAUUAUCUGUGGACAAGAAAGAAAAUAAAGUUGCAUUUGGUAUGGUGUAUCCUAGCGUGGAUAGAGAAAAAGUACAUGGAAUUGAUAUACCAGAUGGCCAUAAGUGUGUUCUUGUCGACGGCCUCAUCAAACCAGAUGCCUUGCUUCCGGUGCCGAUACGUGGUGAAAUGGUGACAGUCCGCGAUGCACUUGGCUCUUUUGUAGCAUGGCCUGAGGAAUUAAUCAGCUACACAACUGCAGUGGUUAAGAAGAAAGAAAGGUUGCGGCCAACUGCACAAAAAAAAUCAGAAUGAUCAGUUGCAGAAAAUUAAGUCGCAGUUCAUUAGUGUGAAGCCAAGUCCAAAGGUGCCGAAAGGCUUUAAUUUAUUGUACAAACACGCAACAAUCUGGAUGAAAAAUACAGGCGUUUCGAUAAAGAUUGUAUGCGAUGCGGAUGUGUUUGGACAUGAAAAGACAGUUUAGUUGAUAGAUGAGAAUAUCUUAUCAUUGUUGGAGUUUAAAAUGCUAGGACAAGCUGUACUUGCAGCUUACAUGGCGCACCUGCAUAAUGAGAUCUCUGAACAACAAACACUGGUGGAGACAUUUGCAUUUGUUGACCCGGGAUCCACUUAUCACUUAAACGCCAAUUUUGAAAAAUACAUUGUUGAACGGUUGAAAGAGGGUAACCCGGAUCGGC